CGCAGCCCUCCUCUCCUCUACUUAUACUUGUCAGAUCUAUCUAUCCAUCCAAACACGAGGGGGGAAAAAAUCCAAAGAGAGAAGGAGCGAUCCAUGGAGAUAAGCAAGCAUCUUGCAAAAUUGAUGGAGGCCACCUUGCAUCCGCCUGCUCUCUUGCGCUCCCCCGAAGACGACGACGAUGCUGCUGCUGGUAUCCCCUGGGUCCUCCUCGACUUGGAGGCCUACGUCGCCGACCACCGCAACGACACAACUGCCUUUUCACAUACGGAGUCCGGUACGGAGAUCCAGGUCACCUUCUUCCUCGCCCGCCCGCCGCGCGUUUCCUACUUCUGCGUCUUCUGCCCUGGGAGGGAUCACACGGAGAUCCCCAUAGAGCCCAACAUCCUCGCCAUGGAGGAGAACCUCGUCCUCCUCCACAUCGUCGUCGGCCCUGAGGACAAGAUUUACAAAGACCGCGACCUCUUCAUCUACCAGGCCAACGGGGCCGACGACGGGGGGCCGUCGCUCGAGCGGCUCCAGCGCCCCCCCAGCCGCGACUACGACUUCGAUUACAGCAACGUUGGCCUCCUGCGCUGCAGAGACGGCGGCGGCUGUAGGUUCAUCCAGCGCCCCCACCGCAACAAAAAGGAUGAAUUCAUCAUCGCCGCACUCUGUGACCUGUACGGCGGCCCAGGCGUCGCCGCCCAUCUCCCUGAUGACAUGUUCAAGCCAGGAUCCGAGUCAGGCAGCACGCCGUUCGCUCUGUAUGUCUACAACUCCAAGCCCAAAGCUUGGACUGUCAGUGUGGUUUCACUGGACCAACAGCAACAGCAAAAGCAACCAGGAGACUGUUUUCUGCAUUUCAACAGCAAGGUGAUCUCCAUAGGAGGAGAAGCUGGCACCAUGGGGUUUGUCGACCUCUGGCGGGGCAUCCUCCUUUGUGAUGUGCUCAAUGGCGACCCCAACCUUCGUUACGUCCCGCUGCCAAAGCCGAUCCGGCCAGGCAAGGACCUCCGGGGUGAUGCGCGCCUCCAUCGGGACAUUGCUGUCAUCAAGGAUCACAUCAAUUACGUCGAGCUGCAGGUCAAAUGGAAGCCUGGCCUAGUCUCUAGGGAUGGUCGCUACAACAGUGAUGGCUGGAUGGCCAGGACAUUUAGCAGGCCAGUGGCUGCUGCUAACUCAGUGGCUGCAGCUAACUCGGUUGCUGAUGAUUGGCGCAUGGAAUGUGAGAUGAAGUCCUCCGAUGAGAUCGACGUCGACAGCAACCCGCAUUAUGAACUGCUGCCUAAGCCGCUGGACAAUGAAGGCCGGCCUCUGCCACCCUUUAAGAGCGUUGUCAUAUGCCAACCUACACUCAGCUUGAGCAACCAAGACGAUACCGUCCAUUUCAUGAACAAGGACGUCCCCGGGGACGACAAGGCGUGGGUGAUCGCCGUCAACAUGAACGAAAAGAAGCUAGUAGGAGCAGCUAAGUUUGCCGCAGAAAGGACUGAUGUUGUCACUUUUGCCUACGUCCACAGUAGGAUAUCUGAGUAUCUGACAGGAGCUUCAGGUACAAAGGGAAGCAACAAACGACAUGGGCCCAUGUUGGUGCGAUCCUCCAGCGAGAAGCAGCCAGAUUCGCAUGCCACCUCGAUUCGAAUGUUUGGACACCUGGAUGUGGAAAUGCCCGUCACAAGUGCGGUGGCUGAAGAGAAGGGUUAUUUUUAGUAACGAUGGUGAUUCCUUGUGUCUCACUAAUACGGUACCUUUUGUGUAAGAAGACCGGCAUUGCCAGAUUCGCAUCUGGUUUGCAGUUUUAUUUAUUAUCGCUAAGUUUAUGAUUUAGUAGUCGGGAUGGAUGUGGUCAGGACAUUCCUAAGUUAUGCUCUGUAGCGGCGACUUGUAUGCCAUGUAAUGGCCAAGUGUUCUGGAGUCACUAUUUCGAUUCAAAAGCUAUUAUGUAGAUGCUGU